AAAAAACUGACAGCUGUCAAUCGAAAAACAAGAGACGGCUUUGUUGUUUUUUAAUCGCCUGCGUACAUAUAUCAUUGAAUUUUUGACGGUUUUGUAAAUAAUUGUAAUUAACGCGACAAGUCUCGGGUAAAAUGUCCGCAUUUUCCGAUUCAGCAUUACUUAAAAAGCUGGGGGAAUUAAACUCAAGCCAGCAAAGUAUUCAAACGCUGUCUCUGUGGUUAAUUCAUCAUCGCAAACACCACGCGUCAAUUGUGAAAACAUGGCUCAAGGAACUACAAAGUGCCGUUUCGGAGGGCAAGAAACUUACAUUUAUGUAUUUGGCUAACGAUGUUAUACAAAAUAGCAAGAAGAAAGGUCCAGAAUAUGGCAAGGAAUUUUCUCAAAUAUUGCCCAAAGUAUUUACACACAUUGGCGAAACUUGUACAUCCGAAAAACUGUUUGGAAGUCUCGGUCGUAUCUUGAAUAUUUGGGAAGAACGUGGCGUUUAUGAUUCUAAACAAAUUAAUGAGUAUCGUGGCCGAUUGAAUAAGGAAAUAAAGGAUAGGGCAGAUGCUAGUAGCAGUGGCACCUCCAGUGAGCCCAAUACAAACGGUAGUCAAGGUGGUGGAAGUAAAGAAAAGUCUGAAAAACGUGAGAAACGUAAGCAUGAAGAAGGCAAACCGUCGAAAGUGAAACGGUCACGUCCACAAGGAGUUGUGGAAGAGAAGCCUAGUGCUGGUCAAAAUGGCGAUGCUGGGCACUUAAGUCCAUACUUACCAUUGGGUGAUCCACCAGAGCCCGAGGAGUUGAUCAAGGCUUUAGCAAAUAUUGAAAAUUCCGCUUCAAGCGACGCUGUUGUUCGCGAACGAAUCGCGAAUUUGCCGCCAGAAAUAUCUGAAAUCGGUUGCCUUAGCAAGUUGGAGGACAAAGAUGCAGCUAAAGCACUGGCUAAACAAGUUAAUGAAGCUGUGCAGUUACUUAAUGAGUACAAUGCCCGGCUAGCCGCUGAAAUGGAGGAACGUACAAAGUUGGCUUCUAUGUUGAGAGAUUUUCAAGCAGAACAGAAAGAGCUUUUGGUCCAAGCUGAAAAACGUUUAGAUGAAUACAAGCAAAAAUUGAAUCGAAUGGUUGCUGUUCAAAAGGAAAUACGUGAUCAUCUAUCGAAUUUGCCAGACUUAACCCAGUUGCCGGAUGUAACUGGUGGUUUAGCACCAUUACCUUCAGCCGGUGAUCUCUUUAACAUACAUUAAUAAAUAUAAUUGAAUUGUUUGCAUUAAAUGUUAUUCAAAUUUAAUUAUUCAAAUGAUAACCACGCGAGAAUCACUUAAAUUAUGUAUACAUACACCAAAAACUUAAAUUAUACCAGAAUUGACAAAAGAUUA